AUGCCGGCUGACCCCGGGCCCGAGGCGGGCAGCAGCUGGCCGGGCCUCCUCAUGUCCUGCCUGAAGGGCCCCCAUGUCAUCCUCAAGAUGGAGGCCAUGAAGAUCGUCCACCCCGAGAAGUUCCCCGAGCUGCAGGCGGCCGCCCCCUGCUUCCCACCUGCACCCCGGCCCACCCCAGCUCUGGCUCCCAAGCGGGCCUGGCCCUCCGACACCGAGAUCAUCGUCAACCAGGCAUGUGGGGGGGACAUGCCUGCCCUGGAGGGGGCGUCCCGCACCCCGCCCCUGCCACGCCGGCCCCGCAAGGGCAGCGCGGAGCUGGGCUUCCCCCGCGUGGCGCCCGUGGACGAGGUCUUUGUGAACCAGUACGUGAUGCGGGCGCCGGGCCCCACGGCCUCGGGGCCCCCCGCAGUGCCGCCCGCCCCCGGGGAGCCCCUGGAGUGUCCCACCUGCGGGCACACGUAUAACGCAGCGCAGCGGCGGCCCCGUGUGCUGUCCUGCCUGCACUCCGUGUGCGAGCAGUGCCUGCAGAUCCUCUACGAGUCCUGCCCCAAGUACAAGUUCAUCUCCUGCCCCACCUGCCGCCGCGAGACUGUGCUCUUCACCGACUACGGCCUGGCCGCGCUGGCCGUCAACACGUCCAUUCUGAGCCGCCUGCCGCCCGAGGCGCUGACCGCCCCGUCCGGCGGCCAGUGGGGGGGUGAGCCCGAGGGCAGCUGCUACCAGACCUUCCGGCAGUACUGCGGGGCUGCCUGCACCUGCCACGUGCGGAACCCGCUGUCCGCCUGCUCCAUCAUGUAG